AUGGCGGCCAACAAUAGGAGGACGGCCAGAGGACGGAGAAAACAAAUAGCUGAAAAAGAUGAAAGGGAUGAGACAAUGUUGGUUUUGGCAGCAGAAUUAAUGAUGCUGCAUCGUGACCGAGCUAGGGAUAAAAUACCUCACCACGACGGCUCUCUAACCGGACGGCAGUGGGUUGAACAGGUGAUCAAUGGGCAUUACCGACGAAGUAUGGAAAACAUGCGUAUCACAGUUGACAAUUUUCUUCGUUUAUGUGAAAUACUCCAGAAUAACGGUUAUGUAUCUCGAUCCUAUCAACAAAGGGUUGAGAUAGAGGAAGCCUUAGCGAUGACUCUAGUCAUGGGUGCUGUUGGAGCUCUAGAUGGCACACAUAUUCCGGCUUGCCAGCCAAAUAGAGAGCAGAUGGCAUAUACCAAUCGACAUGGGAUACACUCACAAAAUGUCCUGGCAGUCUGCGAUUUUGACAUGCGAUUCAACUACGUAUACGCUGGAUGGGAAGGCAGUGCCCACGAUGCACGGGUGUUAGAAUCUGCGUUGAUGCCGCCAUCAGAUUUUCCAAUUCCGCCGGCAGGGAAGUACUACUUGGUAGAUGCAGCAUACAGAAACACUCCGGGUUUCUUACCACCCUACAAGAAUGUUCAGCAACGAGAUCCAGCCAAGCGGUUGUUUAACACCCGACAUUCGAGUCUUAGAAAUGUUAUAGAGCGUACGUUUGGAGUAUUGAAAACAAGAUUCAAAUUCCUCAAGGGCCCAGUACCCAAUUUUUAUAUGACCACACAGAUUAGUGUGGUAAUUGCAUGCUGUGGGCUACAUAAUUUUUUGAGAAUGUUCCAACCCGGAGAUGCCCAUUUCCAAAGGUUUGAGAAUGAAAAUAUUCAAUUAGAGGUGCAAUCCGACUUCGGCGAAAGGGUGCAUAUGCAGACUCCAAACGCUUUUCGGGCAGAGAUAGAAACAUGGAAAGCAACACGCGAUGCAAUGGCGGACCAAAUGUAUGCAGCCCAAGGACGCCGCAGGCGAUAG